AUGCCUUCCACACCUGCGCAGAAGUACCCUCCGGUCAAGCUACCGCACCCUUAUUUGACGGCCUAUCAAGUGCAAACUGCCAUUGAGACGAAUCCUUCCAAGCUAGUCUUGAAAUUGGAGAACCUGCCCUCGGAUGGAAGGCCCCUACCGCAGCCGCUUCACUCCGAUUCUUUGUCGUGGCUCGAUUUGUCUCUUCCGUCCAAAGAGACUUGCCCACCGGACAAUGACAAUACCCCCUGGGCACGUGCUUGCCGAAGUCCCUCGACUGUCUUUGACUGGGUUAAUGGCACUACCCCCUCCCUGGGCCAGAUUUGGAAUGUGGUCCAUGCUAUUUACCUUGCUCAUCCGACGUAUGAGUACUUCAGACUAACCCUGACCGGCGAUGAGAAGGAGAUCAUCCGAAAUGAGCUUCUCGUCACCGGUCUCGGAAUUGAGCCUCCUAAGCCAUGGGAUGCAAAGAAGAGGGCGACAUGGGAGUCCGAGGAAAUCUUGAUUCUUCGCAAUGCCUUCUGGCAGGGUGCGGCCUCCCCAACCGGUCCUCGCCCAAUCUGGGUUGUUGGAGAUGGCACAGACGGCCCUCUGCGGCAAACCUUGGCACAAUACCCAAUAAUGCCGGAGAUAUAUCAGAUCACAAACAAAUUUCCCGAGGAGCGCGUGUAUACCCGACACCCUACCCGUCGGCCUAAGCCUCAUGGUGGAUCGAUUGCAUACAGCCGUUAUAUUCCCGAGAUCAAUCAGCACUUCUCCCUCGAAGUUGUGGACUGGCAGAAUGAGGAACACUUGAAGCUCUUCAACACAUGGCAAAACGACCCUCGUGUUGCCCAAGGGUGGAACGAGACCGGCACCCUGGAUGAGCACCGAGCGUACCUGCGAAAACUACAUUUCGAUCCCCACGUGCUUUGCUUGUUCGGCCGCUUCGACAAUACCCGUUUCUCUUACUACGAGCUUUAUUGGGCAAAGGAGGAUCACUACGGCGCCCAUUAUGAUGCCCACGACUACGAUCGUGGCCGUCACUCGCUUGUUGGGGACGCGUCAUUCCGGGGAGCGCACCGGGUCAAUGCAUGGUAUUCAAGCUGCAUCCACUAUUGUUUCCUGGAUGACCCGCGGACAAUCAACGUGGUCGGCGAGCCCAAAGCCACCGGCGCCACCAUUCUUUCCUAUGAAAAUUCCCAAGGUCUCACCAUCGGCAAAUACGUCGACCUAGGACAUAAGCGAUCAGUUCACUCAAUCUGCAGCCGAGAGAAAUGGUUCCAGCUCUGUCCAAUCUUCUGGGACGGACGAGAACGACCCUUGGAAUCCGCGGAUCGCGCAGCUUGGAAUGCCAAGCUCUGA